CUUUUUUGCGCUUUCUCUGACCUCCUUAUCAAACAAAAAAUAAAUGCACUUAAGUAAUUAAGUAAAAUGUUUUAUUUGAUAUUGGUGUUUUGCAUGUUUAAGUUGUAGGCGCAGUUGAUGUUUAAGAUUCUUAUCGCAAUGGCUUAUUCCAAUUUCAGACGACCUUAUCCAGCCCUUACCGUCCAGCAAAAAAUAUUCUAUGAAGAAAAUGGAUAUAUCUUGAUUGAAAACAAUGUCAGCUCAGAAUUAUUGGAUGAAAUGAAACAGAGAUUUAUUGAUAUAUGCAAUGGAAAGGAGAAUCAAGUGUUAACCGUCAUGAAAGAUGCAUCAUUGAAACAUAAAGGAGUUAAAGGAGAAUACCUCAUCAAUAAGUUACAAGACUUCUUAUAUGAUGAAGUUUUAUGGAAAUACGUCUCAGAUGAUAAUGUAGUGGACAUUGUUCAAGAACUAAUAGGACCCAAUAUAACAGCUGCUCAUUCAAUGUUCAUCAAUAAACCGCCAAAUGCUGAGGCUGAGUCUUCAUUGCACCCGCUACAUCAGGAUCUACACUACUUCCCAUUUCGUCCGGCUGAUAAAAUAUGCGCUUCCUGGACAGCCAUAGAAAGAGUUGAUGAAAAUAAUGGUUGUCUUUAUGUCAUCCCUGGAUCUCAUAGAGGGCCACUUUAUAAUCAUACUUAUCCAGAGGGUUUCAAAAAUAAAAUGUAUCAUGGAAUUCAAGGCUUGGACCAUCUAAAAAAAACUAAUGUAGUAAUGGAAAAAGGAGAUACAGUGUUUUUCCAUUCUCUUUUGUUGCACGGAUCAGGGCCUAAUAGAACUAAGGGAUUUAGAAAAGCCAUAUCAUGUCAUUACGCUGAUAGUAACUGCCAUUUUAUUAACGUAAAGGGAACUAGUCAAGAAAACAUAGAAAAAGAAAUUGUAGAACUGACAGAAAAACUUGGAGGUGUAGCUAUAAAAUUUGAGGAUGUGUGGAAGACAAAAAGUCGUCUUGUAAGAGGAAAGCCUGGAAACUUCCAAAAUCUUAGCAGUCAUUUGUAAAUUAUUGUAACAUCCAAAACAUUGAUGAUAAUUAGCCAUUCCAAAGAUCAUUUGUAUAAUCAUUUCAUUAUUUUGUAAAAAUCCCUUUUAACUUAAAACAACAUAAUUUACAAAGAAUACUUUAUUUUAUUUUUUUAAUAUUACAUACAGUCUUAUUUUAUACAUAUCUUCAAAAUAAAAUGAUUAAUAAAUAUAUUUUGUUUAGAAUAAAAGCAAAAUUCGAAUAUUUUCCUUAACAAAAAUAUUGUUUUAUAAAAUAAUUAGGCCAGCUUACCAAAACGCUGUUUGGAAUUCGAAAAAAGCGUUUCAACAGAAAUAUAGGUACUCGCACUACUCGGUUAGGGGUGUUCCUCCUCUUCAACUCAAAUAAAAAAAAAAAAAAGAUUUGUCUCCAUUUAUUGAUUCCAAACAAGAUUUGUGGUUCACUCUAAUGCCUAGUUUAUAAAUCCAGAAUUAAAUUACAAACUGGACAUAAUUUAUCAACAUGAACAGAUAUCACAAUAUAUAUUUUAUGUUUAUGUAUAUGUAUGUACAGGGGGUGUUCCAGAACAGGGGCCUUUUUUUUUGAAUUACAUGUGACGCAAAAUAGCGUUUGCAAACCAAACUGGUAAAGAACAUUCACUCUGAUUUAUUAAUUGAAAAAAUGUGUCGUCUAUGUUUCUCCCGUUUUUCAAAGUCUUAGCUUAACACCAACUCUAUGUCGGAACUACACCAUUUCAACCUCAAUUUCGGAAAAAGUAACUUUUAUUUAGGAAAAUGUAAAGUCAUUUUCGGAAAAAGUAAAGUCAAUUUCAGAAAAAGUAAAGUUAAUUUCGGAAAAAGUAAAUUCAAAUUCGGAAAAAGUAAAUUCAAAUUCGGAAAAAGUAAAUUCAAAUUCGGAAAAAGUAAAUUCAAAUUCGGAAAAAUUACAUUUAAUUACGGAGAAAGUGAUGUUAUUUUUUAGAAUAAUUUGAAUUGAUGGAAAGUAAAUUUAGCAGUGACUAUAAACCUCCUGUCAGUGUACUUAACUUUAAUUAGGUUCUAUGAACAUAUGCCCUAAGAUGCUCCUUGAAGAAGUUACAGCGCUUCAAACGGCAGAUGAAAAUAAUGUAUUUUAUUUAUUUUCAAGAACAAAGGCAAACUAUUUUCCUUGAAAUUUGGUAUUCUUGCAUACAUUUCGAUGCCACAGCGAAUGGUGAUAGUAAAAAAAGUCGUAAAACAGUCCUGAAAGAGUAUAUAUAGUUUCCAUAAUCACCUCUCGAAGUAAGGUACACUAUUUUUUCCACAUCCUGUAUACCUCGAGUCGAACCAAGACCUGUGUACUUUGUACUUUAAUUAGGUUCUCUACAUAGAUACACAUUGUUAUUUGAUGUAGGUAUAUUUCGAAAUUUACUUGUUGAAGACUUGGGCUCAAUCUCCAAAGAUUCUCACUCCUCUUGCACCUUUUCCAUAGAUUCUUGCUCUUUUUCCAGGAAUUCCUCAUAUAUUCUAGCAUCUUUUACACAGACUUUCACUCUUCGUCUUCAUUGGGUUCCUGCUCACCUGCUACUGGAGCUGGAAAAAGGCAAAGGAGUGAAUGUUCAGGCUACUACUCAAAGCCUCAAAACUCACUCCUCUGUUUUCUUCAGCGGGUUUAUGGAAGGAAAGCUCACAUUUAUUUUACCUAUAGGCAAAACCUCAAUAAAAUGGUUGAAUGAGCAAGAACUGAACACAACUUUUUAAUAAUAUUGAAUUAUCUGAAAAAUAUGGUCCUAAUUGAAACACCCCGCACAGUGGGAAAUAACAAUUAAUAAUAAAUAGCAAUGUAUAUAAGUAUUAUUGUAAUGUGACAUAUUUUACUAAAAAAUAGGCAAUAUUGUGAGUAGUUUCGAUUGGUUUUCAAUUAAAUUUAACCUAUUGUUAUUAUUUUUUUGGUAUGAACAAACUACAAACUUGGGUAUUUUCAUAAUCAUUUUGAGCUGAAUUUACAUGAAUAUAAUCUAUUAUUUAUACAGAUAUAAUGAAGAUUAAUUUUUUCUGAGCUUUAACGAAAUAUGGCAUAAAAAUAUUGUUUUUGGAUAGCAUUCCUCAGAAAUUAAAUUUUAAAAUAUAUAUUUUUUUGUACAUAAAAUACAUAAGUAGGUAUUCAUAUGUAUAUAAAAGAAUAAUAUAAUAAACCUUUGUGCAUUUUAAGAAGCGCAACAAUAUUGUCACCUUGUAAAAAGAAUAUUCUGGUCAGCAAAUUAUUGCAACCCUUUUUGCAACAUAACGUAGUUACCCUCAAUUUUGGUAAUGGGGGUUGUAGGGGGCCUGUUUGACAUAUCCUUCCGGCUGUGGGGGAUAUGGUUGAGGUGGAGGCAUAGAUACUGCUACAUCAUAGGGUGGAGGCUGAGCUUGGUAUCCUGGACCAGGUGGAUAUCCUAGAAUUGAAGUAA